CUCGGCUGUCCCGAGUUAACCCGAAAGCGAUCCCCGGACUCGGGCGCCGGGCGGGGCGGGGGCUGCGCUGGGCUCCUGCACGGCUUCCAGGAGGAGGGGGCCUGGGAGAGGCCUGGAGGAGGAGGGUGUCGGGUGGGGAACGGCGGUCGGGGCGCGGGAGGGAAGAGGGGAUCGGCGGCAGCAGGGAGCUCCCCAAAAGAUUUUCCCUGGGCCAGGGCCUGGGCUUCCCGGAGCUCAUCCCCAGCCCCUUGUAGUUUUUACUGUGAGACAGGGUCUCGUUUAAUUGCUCAGGGUGUGCUGGAACCACUCCUGCUUCAGGCUCCCCGAUUGCUGAGAUGUGGCCCCUUUCUCGGGCAGGGAGACAGCGCAAGCGUUUUUGCUUUGCCUAGGACUACGAAUGAGCAAGGUGGAGAACCAGGACUCAGACCCAGCCUCCCUGGGAUUCCCUGCGUGCCCACCUCUGUCCUUUCCCCCACCUCUCCUUUCCUUCGUCUGGAUACCCGUAGCGCUACGGCCCUAACAAUUCCGUCCAAUGUUGCCGUUGGGAGCAAUCAUUUCGCUGCACUCGUUGGACUAUAGGCUUCAACCUGUGGGCGGGACAUGUUGUAAAUGGCCCAAUGGCAGUUCAGAGCCCCUGAGCGCUUUAGCAGUCAGAUCGCAGAGUGGGCGGGGCCUGCUGCCCGCAGUUGAAGGCGUGCAGGAAGGUCGGGCAGGCGAGUAGCGAGCGGUUGGAUCCAUGUGGAGGGAGCUGCGGAGCCUGGCGGCCUGGGGGCCUCGCAGCCUGUGCACGGCCCCCGGGGCCACCAUCUUCGCGCUGAGCUCGGCGAGUUCACCAGGCGCGCCUUCGCGCACGGCAAGCUGAGCCUGCCCGAGGUGGAGGGCCUGGCCGACCUGAUCCACGCGGAGACGGAGGCGCAGCGGCGGCAGGCCCUGCGGCAGCUGCACGGGGAGCUGGGCCAGCUGACCCGCGGCUGGGCCGAGACCCUCACCAAGGCGCUGGCCCACGUGGAGGCCUACAUCGACUUCUCGGAGGACGACAGCCUGGAGGAGGGCGUCCUGGAGCGAGCCGACCGAGACGUGCGGGCGCUGGAGGUGGCACUGGGCGCACACCUGCGGGACGCCAGGCGCGGCCAGAGGCUCCGCUCGGGGGCGCACGUGGUGGUCACAGGACCCCCGAACGCGGGCAAGAGCAGCCUGGUGAACCUGCUGAGCCGGAAGCCGGUUUCCAUCGUGUCCUCGGAGCCGGGAACCACCCGUGACGUGCUGGAGAUCCCUGUGGACUUGGCCGGGUUCCCCGCACUGCUGAGCGACACGGCGGGGCUGCGGGAGGGCGUGGGGCCGGUGGAGCAGGAGGGCGUGCGGCGAGCCCGGCAGAGGCUGGAGCAGGCCGACCUGGUUCUGGCCGUGCUGGAUGCCUCCGACCUGGCCUCUCCGACCUCCCGCGACUUCCUGGACAGCGUCGUGGCCCCCCUGGCGAGCCAGGACCCCAGCGCGAGCAGCCAGCGUCUGCUGCUGGUGCUGAACAAAUGUGAUCUGCUGCCUGCCGAAGGCCCACGCCUCCAGCCCGGGCCGCACCCGCACCUGCUGCUGUCCUGCCUGACCGAGGCGGGGCUGGACGGCCUGCUGGGGGCCCUGAAGAAGGAGCUGGCUGUCCUGUGCGGGGACCCGAGCACAGGCCCGCCGCUCCUGACGCGUGCGCGGCACCUUCACCACCUGCAGCGCUGCCUGGAGGCGCUGGGCCGCUACAGGCAGGAGGCAGACCUGGCCCUGGCUGCGGAGGCCCUGCGCGUCGCCCGGAGGCACCUGACCCAGCUCGCAGGCGGAGGGAGCAGCGAGGAGAUCCUAGACAUCAUCUUUCGGGACUUCUGCGUGGGCAAGUGAGGGGCACCAGUGGGCCCAGCCCCGCAGGGACCCCGGCCCGGCACAUCACGAGGCCAAGGGCCUUCUGGGGCCGACGCCGGUCCCCUUGGAUGCUAGGAGCUGGCACGUGUGAGAGGAGGGUGAAGCCAGAGACUGGAAGAUCUCAGGUCUGCCUGCUUUUGGGCUUGGUUCUCACUAAAAAUUAUCCCAGGCUGGCCUCUAAGAGCCUCCUCAGGAGGACUGCUGUGAAUUCGAGGCCAGCCUGGGCUACAAAGUAAGC